CAUUUUCAUCAGUUCCAAUUGUUUUCACUAUACAGUAAACAAUCAUCGAAAAUGUUCAAGUUUUUGGCGUGUGUCCUUCUGUUGGCUGCUGCUAGCCAGGCUAGAAUUGUCAGUGUUUCGGAGUUGAAGAACGCUCUGGCAUCUUAUGGCGUUUCUGGUGAUAAACUGGAUACUUGGGCUUGUGUUGUUGAACACGAAUCCAACUUCGAUACUGGGGCUUAUAAUGGAAACACUGGUGAUCAUGGAUUGUUCCAGAUCAGUCAAAUUUACUGGUGCUCUCCUCCUGGAAAUGGUUGCGGUGUAACUUGUGAUUCCAUGAGAGACGACGAUAUCAACAAUGAUAUUCAGUGCGCUCUGAAGAUUUUCGCUGAACACGAACAUCUCUCUGGAAAUGGUUUCAACGCAUGGGUUGCUUACAAAUACUGCCAUUAAACCCAUAUUAUGUUAUAAUAAAUAAAGUUAAGAGAUUAAAAAUGCGUAUAAAUUGUUA